CCGAAGCAGUAUAACAUUGUUUUUCAAUCUUGGCCUGUAAGUUUUUCUUUUACAGUCUAGCGAAGAGAUAGGCCAGGUAGAGAGGAGUUGAUAUCAUGGAUAAUAUCUUUUACAAUGUUGAUGACCUGCUGAACAUUAGCGAUGAGGAACUUGGAGGAGCCAUUGAAGGAAAUCAUGCAGGCGACUGGUCUAUUCCUUUAGAAGUGGGUUCUCUUUUCUCUGUAAACGGUUUCUAUGACAUUGACUGGAUAAAAGACUUCAUUGAAGGAGAACAAAAAGAGAAAACUUCUGCUGAUUUGCAACAUAAAAAGGAUGAAGAACAAUGUCCAGAAAGUACUUCUCAAAAUGCCAUAAGUUCUGAUCUCAGUUCAGACUUAGACAACAGGUCCUGCACUGUGAAAAACCUUAUUCUUUGUUCAAGAAUGACAAUACAACGAAAGCCAAGAAGCAAGAGAUCAAAAACUACAGUUUCUAAAUGGGUUUCUAAACCCAUUUCCACUAUUGGCAGUGAGUCUUGCUUGUUUGAUAAUGCUGCAGCCUGGAGACAAUCAGAUAACUUGGGUUCUGAGCAAGGGAAGAAAAAGGAGGUAAAUGAUGCCAGAAUAUGCUUACAUUGUGGUGUGAAUAAAACUCCACAGUGGAGAUGUGGGCCACUGGGUCCUAAAACACUGUGCAAUGCCUGUGGUGUGAGAUAUAAGUCAGGUGGACUUUUACCAGAAUACAGGCCUGCUGCCAGCCCUUCUUUUUCUCCUGAUAAACACUCGAAUUCCAGCAAGGUGGUGUUGGAAAUGAGGAGUAGAAAAAAUAUGAAGGGCGACUAAAUAUAAUUUGUAAGAGAAUAAGUUUUUGGGAAGGAAAUAUUACUGCAUAAAAUUUUGGGUGCGAAGAAAAACUUUUCUAAUUUUGGAAAUCGUUUUUUUAUCUGUUUGAUUGUUCUGCUAAACUUGUAAGUG